UGUUGAAAAAAUAAAUACUGGCAACGCUCCGACUCUUGCGCAAAGAUUGUCUCAUUUCAAUCCAGUAAAUCAGAAAGUGAAGUUGACGCCGCAGUGAAAAGACGUCGGAAAAGUGUUAAUUGCUGUCUUAAACAAGGAAAUAUAAAAUGGCGGAAACCGAGACAGCUCCCCACACAAACGGUAUUGAUACUAUAGCCGAAGAAGACGAAUACAACAAAACACGGCCAGCCGAUAUAGAAGCAGACAUGCGCGAAAUGGAGCGCCGCAAACGGGUUGAGGUCAUGAUGAGCUCCCGUUUAUUCCGCGAAGAGUUGGAGCGGAUUGUGGACAGUCAAAUGCGUGACGGUGGGUCCCACAACAUUUUGCAGCAAUUGUCUGACAUUAUGGGAAUGCCCGCCGCUCGCGUAGGUAGUGUGUUCAAGAGCUCUAACUGUGUAGUGCCGAUCAAUGACAUCCGUGGUAUGGAAGCUAUGGGAUACGAAAAAGGCGAAAAAAUCCUUCGCUGCAAACUAGCCGCGGCAUUUAGACUGGUGGACCUUUAUGGCUGGGCACAAGGUAUCAACAGUCUGAUAACAGCCCGCCUGAAUGCCGACCAAGAAUUGUUUUUGGUCAAUCCUUUUGGUGUAUUGAAUCAUGAGAUCACGGCAUCUUCUUUAAACAAGGUGAACAUGCAAGGUCAAAUUGUUGAACAGGGGACUACUAACUUCGGCGUGAACACUAGUCAAUUCACACUUCACUCCGUGAUUCAUGCUGCAAGACCUGAUAUUAGAUGUGCAAUAUACGUCGGUUGCAACGCAGUAGUUGCAAUUUCUGCAUUAAAACAAGGGUUACUACCCUUAACUAAGGACAGCGCUUUGCUCGGAGAAAUAUCCGUUCAUACGUACGCCGGAGCUCUUAACGAACCCGAAGAAAAGGACAAGCUGCUACGAAGCCUUGGGCCAGUAUCAAAAGUUUUAUUACUGUCAAAUCAUGGCGCUAUAUGCUGUGGGGAAACUGUCGAGGAAGCAUUUUACGCUGUCACUCACAUUGUGUCCGCAUGUGAGGCGCAGCUCAAACUACUGCCAGUGGGUUUGGAUAAUUUGGUUGUAAUCCCCGAAGAAACGCGUAAGGCUAUAUACGACGCAUCACGGAAACCUCCAGAGGGCAUUGCGUCCAAUACAUCUUCAGAUAAUAAGGAGCGUUCACAGGCUCCUAAGUGGCGAGUGGGUGGCGCAGAGUUUGAAGCGUUGAUGCGCAUGUUGGAUAAUGCCGGUUUUAGAACCGGAUAUAUCUACAGAAAUCCGUUGGUAAAGAACGAUCUCCCCAAACCUAAGAAUGACGUCGAGGUUCCACCAGCAGUCUCCUCCUUAGGUUAUUUAAUCGAAGAGGAGGAACUAUUCAAACAAGGAAUCUGGAAAAAAGGAGAUUUUCGUAAAGGAGGUGAUCGCUCCAGGUGGCUUAAUUCACCAAAUGUUUACCAAAAGGUAGAAGUCCUGGAAACUGGCACACCAGACCCGAAGAAAAUCACAAAGUGGAUUGAUGCAAACAUUGAUGAGUGGGUUGCGGAAGCUUCGCCAACACAUUCUUCGACGCCGGUAAAGAUCGAUGGAGCUUUGCAAUUCGUCCCUCCAAAUACCAAUCCGAAAGAGUUCAAGCGAAUUCAACAACAGAUUAAGGACUACCGGCGAGCAGAUAAGAUUUCAGCCGGCCCACAAUCGCACAUUCUAGAAGGUGUUUCUUGGGAUGAAGCAAACCGAUUGAAAGAUGCUAACGUAUCUGCUACUGGUGAUCACGUCGUCCUCAUGGGUGCCGCCUCCAAAGGCAUCAUCCAGAGAGGCUACCAACAUAACGCAACAGUAUAUAAGGCACCAUAUGCUAAAAAUCCGUUUGAUUCUGUUACCGAUGAUGAGCUGAACGAAUACAAGAAAACAGUCGAAAAGAAGCGACAAGGUGAUUAUACCGACACAGAUUUCUCUGAAUCCGAAGCACUGAGCUCUCUCCAGAUAUCAGAAAAAACGAAAACCCAGACCAAGAGUCCUCCAAGCCAGUCAGAGCCAGAAGACACUGCCGCAGAACAUCAGGUGCUUAGAAUAGAAACCAAGCAAGCUCCCAAGCCUAGUCAGCCAGAAGUUGUACUGAGUGAUGGUGAACAUGUACAAAACGGUGACCACUCGGAUACUCAUAUGAGCACGUUUUCACACAGCAGCAAAGAGGACGUGUCGACCGAGGGUUCACCGAAAAAGGAUAAAAAGAAGAAAAAGGGUCUACGGACACCUUCAUUUUUAAAGAAGAGGAAGGACAAAAAGCGAAUCGAGGCCUAAAUCACAACAAGAACACAGCACUCAGCGACGAUUUUUUUACAAAAAGAAACUUGAUUAAAAUAUAUUAUGUAUUUUUUCCUGAAACAUAAAGAUAAGAACGAAAAAACGUUUAAAAAAGUAUCCGCAUGUAAAGGAAGUCUUUAAAAAUAAAAAUAUGUAACUUGAUAUAAGGCGAAAUUCCUAUUAGUAGCGGUUAUCACUAAUAAGGCACGCGGGCACAAUAAUAGCAUUUGCUGAACAAAUCAUGUCACGUCGUAUGAUGAUGUAAAAUGGUGAAACGAUACAAAUAAAUAAUGUACCCCCCCCCCCCCCCCCUCAAUAACAGUAGGAGAUGAAAUUUUAUUGUAAAACUGUUGCCGCAGACAUCAAUCAAGUGCAUUUUGUUGGUAGGUAUGCAACAUCACGCAAGUUAGAUAAAAGUUAGAAAUCCGGCUUGAAUAUAUUGAUUAAUGGUGGGAUAUUAAACGAAACCGAGGAUGUUAGACCGGCUACUAAAAUACAAUGUGAAUGUGAAUCUAAAAUGCGGAUGUAUUUGGGUUAUCUAUUUGAAAUUUAUUGUUUAUUUAUUAUCUUUACAAAUGAAAACAAAAAAAAAUAUAAAAAUAUGCGUCACUUUGCAGUUGCAGCUGAUGUUGGUCGACGUUAAAUAUAUUAUUUAAGAAACUUGUCGCUUUUAAUCACUCGCUUUUGAAAUCAUAAAAUGCUAAUCUCGAUAAAUCCGCUGCUAUUUGCAUGAUAUCAAUAGAAAAAUAUUCUAAGCAGUUGAACAAAUAAAUCUUUGUUAUCCAAUUAUUUUUCCAUUUCCAUCAGUUUAUUACAAAAAAAUCUUUUGUUUCGUGUUGAUCUUUGUUGUGCUAUCUUGUUUCAUUUUGUGACAUCUUAGGAUGCCUAGUUGGUGCGCAUUCUUGUUAACACCAGCAGUACAAAAUGAAGGAAUGAUUCAAACGAAUUGGAUUCGUUCAAAGUUUCGAUCGCCAGUAAUCAAGAAUACGGGUGUAUAUUGAACUGUGUAAAGCACGCAUAACUUUCCCAUGUUACAUUUGAUGAAAAACCCCAGACUCGUCGACUCAAUUUUUCCCACUGAAAAAUUAAGUUUUCGUUUGAUGAUCAUAAAGACUGAAAAACGUUUACAUAAAAAGUGAUGCGUAUUAUGUAUGUUCUGAAAAAAUGUUGCCUACGCUCAUUACAUUCUAAAAAUAUUGGUGAAAUUUUUCUGGUCUAAUCGAUUCUGAAAUUAGUGCGAUAAAUUGACGCUAAUGAAACGCCUACUUUGAGCGUGCUUACAGCGGCACACUAGGAGUUUACUUUUGGAAGUCAGUAUGGCGAAAGGCAGCUAAAGUUUAAUAUCUCGAAAAUAGGCACCCUAAUCGAAAAAAAGUUUGGUAGGCGUUGUAGCGGACACCUUCCUACAUAACUGGUACCAAAUAGUUUUUCGUGAAAAGUUCCUACUGUUGAGAAAACCCGCACUAGAUGUCUUUCGCCAUACAAACCUCAGGUAGUUAACUCAUGCUGGCUAUUUCCACAUAUGCGAUAGCGCCUGGAUGCUGACAGCAGCGGGUAGGAAAUCAACCAUUGUAUGUGAUUCAUUAGAAUUUAUUAUCAAAGUUAACAUGGGACAGUUAUGCAUAGAACGGCAUAAUUGGACAUAAUAACCUACCUACAUUUUUAUAAGAAUUUUUUUUCGAACCCUCUCAAAUUAAAAAAAUGUUCUGAACUAUUUUCGGCCUACUCCACUGGUCACACGGCAUUUCAUAUAUGUAUAGGCUCAAAAACCAAUACAAAUGAGAAAUAUACCCAACUGCAAUCCGUAAUAAUUUUUAUAAUGUAUACCCGAGCAAAGUCUGAAAACAUACAGACAGCAUAUAGAGAACAUAUUUUGAUAUAGAUAUCAAAUUGAAAUCAUAAUUUGUUUUCAAAUAUGAAUCAUCAUGACUGAUUACAUAUUUUGAUCUCAUUUUGCUGUUGAUUUCUAAAUUGUAUAAUCUGACAUCAAACUGUGUACUUAUUUUGUUAUCGGAACCAAUAUCAAAAUCAGUUUUCGAUUUGCUCUCAUCGAUAGCAGGAAUAGUUUUCGAUUUGAUGUCACAGAAAGAUUUUUCUGCUGUAGAUUUUGAUCUUUUAACCGAUAAAACGACCAAAAGGAUAUCACCCUGAGUUAUCAAAAUUAGGCGAUUUCACAAGAACAAAAUUAGUUAUCGAUUUGCUCUCAAGCUUUGCUCGGGAUGUGGUAUGUUAUGCUAUGGACCGGUGCUUAUUGAUUUAUUGCUUAGAUUUUUAAACAUAGUCUUUACUAAGAGCAACUAGAGGAACCUUCAUUGGGAUAUAAUGUACCUAAAAUUUCAACCCAUUUGGACGUCGUCUAUGAAAAUUGUUUUUAAUUCCAAAUGCGAUUUUCUCGGAUGCCUGUUUUUGGAAUUUUGUACAAGUUUGCGUAAAACGGCAGUAUGCUGUUUACAAGUUAGAAUGGCAAAAAGUUAUCCUAGGAUAAUUCAAAUUUGAUAAUUUAUUGAAACAUUAGAUUUGUUGCAUAUCUCUCUAGACCUUUCGCUGGAUUUAGACACAUAUCAUCAGAACUCGUCUCUUUGCAGCUCCUCCCGUAAAACUAUAUUUAUUUAAAUGUUUUCAUAAAGUUCGUCCCGUUAUUCGAAACUCCUUAUCCCCCGCGUGACGUACUUUAUGGACUUUAUGGACCCCAUAUGCUAUAUUCUGGUUUACGGGCUUGAACGUUUCAUACGAUGAGUUAAAUUAACAUGUUAUUCAGCAUGACGCUGAAUUUCUGAUAGAAGUUUGUUAUUUUCCUUGACCAAUUCGUACACGAACCAAACAUUUAUGUAAAACGCUAUUUUUAGGGAACGUGACGACACCUACAAAUUACUACCACCGUACUAUAAAUACAAUUAUUUAAGACAGCAAAAUUUUAUUUCAUUUCAAUUUUUAGUCUAAAAUAGUACCUUGGUAUAAACAUUUGUUUUUUUAUUUAAUUUACCUGUUAACGUGCAAAUAGCAGUGUUGAUAUUAACAAGUACUCAUAAAAAAAUAGCACGCAUCAAAGCUUUACAUCGCUUGUUUUUUUAAGCGGCUCAUAAACGUUACUUUUUGUACGAAGAGAUGAUCAUGUCCCACAGUCUACCAGUGUUCAUUAGGAAAGAAUAAUUACCGGAGUAAUAUCGACACAUUAGAACAACAACUGACAUUAAAAAGUAAUACUGUGAGAGAAAUGACGACAUGUAUUGAACAGCAUCAGUUUCCAUCCAAAAGAGACAGUUUUUAGAUUUUUAUCAGUGUUAGCCAGGAUAAAUCGACUGUCUCUCUGCAACGAGUAAAAAAACUUCGAUUACAUGCUUCAAAGUGUUCAAGUAAUUAAAAAAUCUAUGAAUAUGAAAUAAAAUGAUAAAAUCCUG